GUAGACUGAGUGUCUUCAGUUCAUCUUCAGAUAUAUUUCAUUAAGCAGUAGUUAAGAUCCACACUAUAUAAAGAAAUCAUCGUCGAGUUCGAGGAAGAGCUCGACGGACACUAGAUAAUCUACCGAACAGAUUUGAAACACCGGUGUUGAGAACAUUUAGGAGAAGUUGUUGAAUGCAGUUCCGAUGUUUUUGUUCUCGCCUGUUUUCCGUCUCAGAUUAUUAAUAUACGAGUUUUCGUGAGGGUUUCAGAGAUGGAUUAAACAAUUUUGUGCCACUUACGACUUGGAAGUAAAACAAUAACACCCCUGGAAGUUGUUAUUGCGAAUACCAAAGUCUCCGUUCGCUGAGCAAUGUGCUUGGUAUCCAAUAUGGCUGCCCGUCUACAGUCUGCGGUGUUAGUUUGCUGUUUAUUAGUGUUUUUGAUGGCUUAUUUAGCAUUAAACCGAUUACACGCAUAUUAAGCUAAUAUCUAGUUUUUAACAAAUUCCCCAAAGUGUUUUGUCUCCAGAAAAUGGAGGCAAUAUCGGGAUUGUGUUGCUAACAUUAGCCACCCUUCAUCUACAUUGGAAUGGUUAGACAUGUUUCAUACGGUAUAUUAGCAAGAAUGAAAGGCUAAAUAUGAAAUAAUAUAAAGUUGUAAGUAACCAGUAAUAUGAAACCUGUUUGACUUGCGUUGGACCAUGCGGCUUAUGCGAAGGUGCGACUUUUCUGUGUGUUUUUCUUUGACCGCCAGGGGGCUCUUUAGCAGGAAGUGAAUCAUAGGACGUCGAAGUUGGAAAUCAAAGAAGAAAGCUCCGGUUUUCAUUUAGCACAAACACGAGCUAGCAACAGGCACAAAGGAGCUUUUCUUUCAAACUCAUACCCCUUCAUUAUGGAAAUCACACGAAGAACUUCAUAUGAUGCUGCUUUUAAGUUGAAGGCCAUCGACCUGGCAGUACUGGAGGGAAAUAGAGCCGCUGCACUUAAACUCGGCGUGAAUGAAUCAAUGAUUCGGCGUUGGAGACAGCAGCAGGUAGAACUCACUAAAUGCCAAAAGACGAGAAAGGCUUUCAGAGGACAAGAAAGCAGGUGGCCUGAACUUGAAGAUGUUCUUGAGGAUUGGGUAAAUACUCAGAGAGCAGGCGGCCGAGGUGUAUCCACCUUGCAAAUCCGGCUGAAUGCCAAAUCAAUUGCCCGCCAAAUGAAUAUUGACAAUUUUAAUGGAGGACCGUCCUGGUGUUUGAGAUUUAUGAGAAGAAAGAACCUGUCCAUCAGGGCAGAGACACCUCUCUUUCAGCAACUCCCCCUGGACUACCAGGAAAAAGUUACAAAUUUCCGACAAUUUGUUGAAGCAAAGAUCGUGGAGAACGCCAUCGGACCAGACAACAUUAUAAAUAUGGGUGAAGUGCCAUUGACAUUUGACAUGUCUCUGACCAAGACGUGUGCAUCAUCCAUUUCGGAGAAAACCAACGGACACGAGAGGACAAAUUUCACUUGUGUCCUGGGCUGCACCGCUUCUGGACAAAAGCUCCCCCCGAUGGUGAUUUUCAAGCGCAAAACUAUGCCGAAAGACCAACUCUCGAAGGACAUUGUAGUUAAAGUCAACCAGAGAGGACGGCUAUCAGAAUAUCUGAUGAAGGAGUGGCUAACGGAGUGCUACGGAAAGCGCUCAGGAGGAUUUUUUCGCAGGAAAAAAGCGCUGCUUGUUUUGAACAGUAUGAGGGCCCACAUCACCGAUUCGGUGAAAGCAGCCAUCAAAAGAACCAGCUCAAUUCCCGCUGUUAUUCCUAGAGGUACAGAAAAGUAUUUGCAACCCCUUGACAUCAGUGUGAAUCGGGCAUUUAAAGCAGCAUUCAGGGGUGAAAGGAAGGCUUGGAUGAGUAGCGGGGAUAAAUCCUUCACAGAAACUGGCCGAAUGCGAAGAGCGUCAUUUUCUGAGGUCUGUCAGUGGAUCCUAGCAGCGUGGAGCAGAAUGAAUGAAUCCACCAUCAUCAGUGGGUUCCGAAAGGCCGGACUGCUGCGUGAAGAGGGCACCACAGCUUCAGAGCCAGCUUUACCCCGGGAUGACUGCAACACGGAGAGUAACACUGACAUAGAGACAGAAAAGUAUUAUGUUGAAAUGGAGCAGCUCAGCAAGCAAGAGAGGGACUUCAGUUCGCACCAGAAGAAAGCAGAACCUCUGCAGAUUAAAGAAGAGCAAGACGGGGCAGAACGUCAACGGAUGAGAGGGGACCAGGAGGAACGAAAUCCCCCAGACCUUAAAGAAGAGCAGCAGGAGUUUGAAGCUUCCCAAAUAAAAGAGGAAGACGAGGAACUCUGUGUCAGUCAGGAUGAAGAUCAUCUUCUGCUGAAGUGGAAGACGUAUACCUUUGAGGUUUCUCCUGUAAACGAAGAAAAAUACCACUUUGAACCAGACGGGAACCAACUGGACCUCCAGGAUGCUGCUGAAGCUGAGAACCAGGUUCAGGAAGAAAACGACUCGCAGUUAAAGCAAGACGACGACCUGGAGCCAAAUGGGAAAUAUUGGAAAAGUCUGUUCUCUGGAGAAAUGCAUGAUGGGUUUUUUCCUCAAGAUGGCAGGAAACGCAGGAGGAUCCACACAGACCGUCCCUCGUUGUUCAGAAGACAAACAUCUAAACGUCAAAGCAGUGAAACACAGGACAGCAGGAUUCGAACCAGAGUCCCACCAGUGGAAAGUGAUGACAGCUGCCUCAGCGACAGCGACGACAGCGAUGAGGACAACAGACCAAAACCAAGUGAUGAAAGCAGCAGUGACGAAGAGUCCGACGGCAGCAACGAUCCAGCUGCCAGCACCAGCGCCGCUGCACCCUGCGCUCGGUCGGCCUCUGUUGAAGCGAGACGAUGGCGAAGGUUGUCGUGGGAGACGGUGCAGUCAGAGGACUCUGCGAAAGACGUCCCGACGUGGCGAGGUUCUCUUCCCGCGUCUGAUGAAAUUGUAGAAAUCAGAGAACCCAUUCAGUACUUCCGGGACUUCUUCGACACGGAUCUUCUGGAUACUAUUGUAGAACAAAGCAAUCUGUAUUUCAUUCAGGAAAGCACACGCAAUCGUUACACUGGCCUCAAGCUGGAUCGAAAUGAACUCGAGCAGUUUAUCGGGACUUUAGUGUACAUGAGUAUUCUACAUCUUCCAAAUUCGGGAAUGUACUGGUCCAAUGAGUGCCGAGUAGAGUAUGUGGCUGAUGUGAUGACCCGGGAGAGAUGGAAGAAGAUUAAGGAGUUCCUUCAUUUCAACGACAACAGCACCAUGGCCGCCAACAGUGGAGACGCACUCUUCAAAAUUAGGCCGGUUUUUGAUUCACUUCUCCAAAAGUUUAACAGCCUCCCUAAAGAUCAGAUGCUGUGUAUUGCUCAGCAAAUGGUCCCUUUAAAAUGUGAUUCUAGUCUGGUGCAGUAUAUCCCCAAAAGGUCACGCGAAUCGGGAUACAAGAUCUUCAUGUUGUGUGAUACAAAGGGCCUGAUUCACUCGUUCGAUGUAUUCACAGGGAAAAUGGAUCCUCUACCUGGAGAACCAGACAUCGGGACAAGUGGAAACAUUGUCCUGAAGCUUACACAAGUCAUCCAUGGUUCUGCCAAUCAUCUUUUGUAUUUUGACAGUCAGUUUACAUCCUUUGAUUUGUUUGCAGCUCUCACAAAGAAGGGGAUACCAGCCCUUGGAGCUGUGGAGAAAAAUGGCCUCCGAAGCUGCAGUUUUAGCACAGAUCCUGAGUUGAAGAAGAAAGGAUUGGGGUCGUUUGAAGAGAAGAGGGCUGCCGUCGACGAUGUGGAAAUAAGAGCAGUCAAGUGGUUUUACUACGGGGGGGUGACUGUUACUAGCACCUUUGCUAGUGCCCAUCCUGUGGCCAACGUCCAAAAAUGGAGCAGAAAGUUGAAGCAGAAACAAUCAGUGGAAUACCCAAACAUCAUCAGCCUGUACAACAAGUUUGUGGCCGGCAUCCAUGCUCUUGAUGUGCUGAUUACAUCCUAUCGCACCCAGAUUAGGUCCAGAAAGUACCACCACAGGUUGUUUUGUCAGUUACUUGAUAUGGUCAUUGUGAACAGCUGGCUGUUAUACAAACGUGAUUGUGAAUCGUUGGGUAUUCCAAGACGGAGGCAGAAGGACUUUCUUGCUUUUAGGGUUUCAGUUGCACAAGCUCUUUUUAUGCAAGGCAAAGACCUGUCCAAGAAGAAGAGGGGAUGGCCUUACUUUGACGUCGAAAGUGAAUUUGAGAAGAAGAAACGUCGAGGCCCGGCUAAGGAUAUUCCGACACUGAAAGUGCGUUCAGACGCUGUCGGUCACUGGCCGGUGGUGGAGAGCGGACGGCAACGCUGCAAGAUGCCUCAGUGUAAGGGCCAGACUGUCUUCAAAUGUUCAAAGUGCAAAGUGCAUCUGUGUCUCAAGAAGAACAAGAACUGUUUUCGACAUUUUCACAAGUAACUCUUUAUUUUGUUGGUUUUCUUUCUGCAAACAAGGUGACACCAAUCCUCUUCUGUGAUUGCAGCAAAAAUGAUUGAACAUACGCUGAUGUUCAACUUCCACAAUCUGUUUCAACAUCAAUAAAAUACUAUACAUACCAGAGACUAGAAAAUGUAUUUAUUUACAAUCACAGGGGAAGCUAAAAUGCAUAAUUCCUAAAUUUAGAUCUGUUAUACUCAGCAAAUAUUCAUUUAAAAUGAAUUCAGCCGAGUAGCUUUUCCUUUUCUGAUUCCUUGGUAGACUGUGAUGAAUUCUGAAUAGUGUCUCUACGUGAAUCCAUGAGAGCAAAUUGUAUUUUAUAGGACAUGCUGAAAUGAACACAGACGUUUGCUUGUUGAAAGCAGCGUAUUGAAUGUUGGUGUUUACAUAAAAUGAGUUUAUACUGAUGUGAUUGCCGUCUUUUUUUUUUAUUAUGCUGAUUCCACGUAUGAACAAUACAAUACUAUUUUCUGCUAUAACCCAUUAUGUGAAAAAUAAAGUAAUAAAAUUAAUCUCUCACAAA